AUGCGUUUCUCCGUUGUCGCCGUUUCCAUGUUCGCUGGUGCCGCCAUGGCUGCCACCUCCACUGACUACGUCACUGAGGAAGUCACCAUCACCUCUUGCGCCGCAACUGUCACCAACUGCCCAGCUCGCAGCACCCAAGUUUCCACCACCAUCUACUCAAGAACUUCUUCUACUGAGGCUGCUCCUUCAUCUGUCACCCCAGCCGGUCAGCCAUCCAACAGUGGACCAGUUGCCUCCGGCCCAGCUUCAAGCGCACCAGUUGCCUCUGCCCCAGCACCAUCAGCAUCCGCUGAUGCAUGCGCCGCGACCUGUGCUACUGAGUACAACACUUGCCGAAGUGCUCCAGAUGCAAACCGAGCCACUUGUGCUUCCAACUAUGCAUCAUGCCUCGGAUACUCUCCAUAUGAUAGCAAUGGAUCAUUGGUCACCCCAACUGCUUGCUCCUCAGUAGGAUCAGCAACAUCUGCACCAGCCUCCAGCGCACCAGCUUCCAGCAAGCCAGCCAGCUUCACCCCAACUUACGCCACACCAGCUGCCUCUUCCGCUGGAUCUUCCCUCGGUGUUGUUGUUUCCUCCCCAGCUCCAUCCGUCCCUGUCGCAGCUGCUUCCGCCAAGCCAUCUUCCACUGGAUACAUCUCGGUCCCAGCCAACGGUACCACCCCAGUUGCUACCCAAACCCCACUUGCAUUCACCGGUGCUGCCACCAACCUUCAAGUUGGAGGAGCUGCCAUCGCCGCCGUCUUCGGACUCGCUGCUUUCCUUUUGUAA